UCGCACAAACAAACCUAAAAACCAUUUGGUCUUCUUCUUAACCCCCAUCAACCACUCAAUAUUAUCGCUGUUGGUACUCGCUUCCUCCUUCAGAAAUGAUGAAGAUUAGGGUUUCCUUCAUUCUCGCGCUCCUUCUUCUCUCCUCUUCUUUCUUCCUUCAAGUUGCCAGAUGUCAGUCUGAUUCAGAUUCAGAAGACGCUGAGCUUGUUGCUGAAACUGUUGAAGAAGGAGGAGAUCUUGGGAUUGUUGAUGACGAUGUCCAGGACUUUGGUGUUGGCAAUUAUAGUCCAGCUCCAGGUGUGGAAACAGUUUGUGUUUUCCCAAAGAAUCCCACGAAAGUGGUAGUAGCAGGGCAAGAGACUGAGCUUUUAAUUGGAAUGAAAAACGAAGGGGAUCAACAUAUAAAGGUCCUUGCAGUUCAUGCUAGUGUUCAUUUUCCAUUUGAUCACAACAUGUUGGUUCAAAAUCUUACUACACAGGUUUUUAACAAUGCAUCUGUUCCUUCUUCAGUUCAAGCUACAUUUCCCUAUAUCUUUGCUGUCAGCAAAUUUCUACAGGCGGGAACAUUUGAUCUUGUGGGAAGAAUAGUUUAUGAGAUAGACCAAAUACCAUAUGAAAACACAUUUUAUAAUGGUACAAUUGAAGUUGUUGAAGCUGGUGGACUUGUUAGCAUUGAGACAGUGUUCUUAGUUUCUCUUGGGAUUUCUCUUCUUGUUUUCCUCGGAUUGUGGGUUCGUGGCCAAAUACAAAAUCUUUCCAAGAAAACUAAGAAGGGACCAAAGGUGGAAACCGGGACCCGGAGUGUUGAUGCAUCAAUGGAUGAGUGGCUGGAGGGAACUGCCUACACUCAAUCUAAGGCAAGCAAAUUGAAGAAGAAGAAAUAG